CCCUCGUUGUUUUCUUCACAUCAUACGCUGCUGAACAACAAUUGCAUUCUAUUUCCUCUCCUUGUUCUGCUCCACCAUGACCGACGCCGACAAAGCCUGGGGUCGACGUCUAGUGAUAUGCUGCGACGGAACCUGGCAGUCUAGUGUCAGCAGCAAGACAAACAUCCCAUCCAAUGUCACCAAGCUCUGCCGGCUAAUUGCCCGUGUCGGCUCAGACAAGAACAACUCUUCCAAAAAAUUUCACCAGAUCGUGUACUAUGAUUCCGGCAUAGGAACAGGAAAUCUGAGCUCUUCUGAACAGAGACGACAAGGCGGCACAGGGGCUGGCUUGGCCGAAAAUGUCAUUGAAGCGUACAACUUUAUCGUGCAAAACUAUGAGCCCGGCGACGAGAUCUUCUGCUUUGGCUUCUCCAGAGGCGCCUACACUGCCCGUGCAGUUGCUGGUCUGGUUUCUGAUAUCGGAGUCAUAGCACCAAUCAGCAUGCAGUUCUUCCCCCGACUGUACAGUCUUUACCAGACAAACAAUGAAGGCGUCGACUUCCGUGAGAUGAAAGCAUGGAGAAUGUUUACCGAAGGCAAGCUAAGCAAAAAGGGAGAAGAGAUGAAGAAACAGGGUCUCGAUGUUACAAAGAUUGAGUUGGAUGAUCUCAAGCUAAUGGCCGAGGUGUGGGAGACUCGACCGCAUGGAGAACUUGCGGUUAGUCCAGACAGCAGAAAGGUGAAAGUCGUGGGCGUUUGGGACACUGUCGGUUCUUUGGGCAUACCGGACAUGGUCGGCCUUGAUAUGGCCUUUGGGAGAACGCAAUAUGGUUUCCACAAUGUCAAGCUGACCGAGAAUAUUGAGCAUGCAUAUCAAGCUCUUGCCCUGGACGAACGGCGCAAGGCUUUCCGUCCAACUCUUUGGUAUAUUCCAAAGGAACUCGUCGAUGAUCCAAACAGGCAUACACCGGAACUCAAGCAAGUUUGGUUCCCUGGUUGUCAUAUCAACGUGGGUGGUGGGUCUGACGAUGGACUUGGGGAGAUGAAAGGCGAUUCAGAAAAUUUAUCGAUGGCUUCUCUAUGUUGGAUGCUCCAAGCCAUCUCUCCGCACUUGACCAUCGAUAGAGAGGCCUUCUCGCUGUUUGUGGCCCAAUACAAGCGUUGGCUUUUCCGCAUCCGCUACGCCUGUACCUUCAACCACCCAAACACUCUGCAGAAAAUGUGGAGUUAUGUUCCCAAGCUACCCAUGCCCUCUAUCUUCGGUGGUGGUGGUAAGGACCUACAGCUUCCGCCUCGUGCCCCGCCACACACGCACGAGAAUUUCGACUUUAGCUGGGGUACCGGCCCGCUUGUAGACUCAUUCACCGCAAUGUAUUACUUGAACGGCAUGCAUGUACGCAUGCCAGGCCACGAGAGCGUCGAAAUAUACAACGAAAAGUCAAAAGCCAACAAGUGGACUAAAAUCCGGGAACUGGGACAUACAAAUGAGUACAUUCACCCCAUCACCUACUUCCGCAGUCUCGUCCGCGGCUGGGAGAAAUACUCACCACUGCAAAAGCCAUGGAACAGGGAGGCUUGGGAAGGGAAGAGCGAUGGCAAGAUGCGGUUUUGGUGGUACAUGGAUGGCGAGCAGGACACGUGUGCGCUGCCCGAGUGGUCCAUUAUGCCGCAUGGACAGGACGAGGAGUUUAAUUUUGAGAGGAAGUGGUACAGUGAGUGUGAAAAGACGGAGAAGACGCUCGACAAGCUGGCCAGUGUAGCCGAGUUUGGCGAGGGACAAGACUUUUUGGACGUACUGGACGAGGAGUUGAAUUUCGACAUGGAUAACCGGCCGCAGCGUUUUGCGCCGUAAGCGGAGAACCUUUUGUCGAUACCCUUUCGAUUUGUCAAGUAGUGUUUGAUAUACCAGAAUGAAUUUGCAUUUUG